AUUGAAUGUAAGGUAAUCAAGGUUCUUAGAAAAAAGAUAUCGAAAUUGGUUCCUGUCCAUUUUCUGAUGCUAUGAAACUACCAAAGGGUCAUGAGAAAUAUACAGACAAAUCGAAAUGUCCAUUCUAACAAAUGUAGUAGCAACCUGAAAUCAAAAUAACAGAUGGCAGUACUGAGAAGAAGAAAGAAAAGAAAGAAAAGCAACCUAAAGGUGGAUGUCCUUUUAUGUCAAGUGAAAAAAAAAGAAAUCCCCCUCUUGCUCAUCUUGAAGAAUAAUACGACACUUAUUACAUUAGUCCACUCAAUUAUCUUCUAGACACAAGAGGAUUAUGGAUGCUUGCUUUCGAUUCCAAAGAAGUUAAAAAAGGUAAGAAUUUAUAACAAUUGUCCACUUAGGUCCAAUCAAAGAGAGAAGAAAAAUAUUCGACUCUUAUCCCAUAUACUUGAAAAGUACUUUAUUCCAUGACGAUGAAAAUACAAAAAAGCUGAGGUAAUGCGAAGUGGCUUAAAGAUUCUUUGUGUAUGACAAGUUCAGAGAGAAGGGUAACUAAUAAUUUUAUUUCUAAAGGCAACAAAUUACUAUAAAAAUAAGAGUAUGAAGAGGCUAUUCGAUACUAUGAAAGAGCACUCGGUUGUUUUAGAUAUUUGGAAGUAGUUGAACCACCUGAAGUCGACAGCGAAGAAGAAGAGACUUCAUAAGAUAUAACGAAUUUAACUGAGAAAGAAAAAAAGGAACUCGAAGACAUGAAAAAGUCUGCUAAACUAUAUAGGAAAGAACAGAAAGAAUUCAAAAAACAAUAUAAAUCCUUAAUGACCAUUUAUACGGAUGAAAAUGUUAAAUACAGAGGUGUUGAACAUAUUGAAGUAAUUACUCAUAUAUCUACAAAUUAAGGACGAAGCUGAUAAAGAGAUGUGCAAUUCUAUUAUGUAUGGUCUAUACUUGAAUAUGUCAGUCUGUUAUAUGGAAAUGUCUCACUUUGAUUUAGCUAGGAAGAUCUUAGAUGAUGCUGGUUAAAUCCAAAAAGAGAAUUCAUAAUAUCUAUUUAGGUAUUCUCAGGCAAUUCUUUACGAUAAAUGGUCUACCUAUACAGAUUUAAUUAAAGCUAAAGAAUUAAUUGAAAAAGCCAUUACUUUAUCUAAUGUUGAAAAUAUCUUCAAAUAAGGUCCAGGAAUACUUAAAUUAAUGGGUUUGGAAAACGCCAAAGAAAUUUACGUUGAACAUGCCCAUAAAGUUAUGGAAGCAAUAAAAAGGAAGAGAUAAUGGGUCAUUGAUUUAAUUGAGCCUUUGUUUUAGAGAACCAAAGAAAUUGAUGAAAUUGAAUAAGAAAUGAUUGAAGAUGGAAAAGUACCAUAUGAAGAAGGAGUAACUGAUGUUGUAGAUCCAGAAGACAUGGUUUAACAAUAAUGUGAAACACAAAAAUAAUUCCUAUACAGAAUGUGCAUGCCAUAAUUAACCUAAGAGCAUUAGGAAUAUGAAAUUGUUAAAGAAAUGGUCAACAAAUAUUACAGAAUCAUUGAAUUCUAUGCAGUAUCAAUCUCAAUUCAUUAUUUUAGGAAUAAAAGAAAUAUGAUUAAGUCAAGAUUGCUAAAGCGGAACUCUAAAGAUUAUUAGAAACUGUCUAAACAAUGUCAUUCUUUAUGAAUUUAGAUUUCAUUGAUUAUGACAAUGAUGAACAACUCAAAGAAUUAGCAUUAAAAUAUCAAAUCAAUUUUACAGAUAAGAAAUACAUUAGAAGACUCAUUCGUCUAUGCAGAGAACAAGUUACUGAGCUCUUCGGUUAGGGCAAAUUCAACUUUGAAGUAUUGAUUCAUAUUUAUGAGGUUUUUGAAUAUGCAAUGAAUGACUACUUUAAAAAGAAAAGAGAACAGUAAGAAAAAGAAAGAGAAGAAUAUUUAAAGCAACAUCCUGAACCAGUCAAACCAAAAUAAUAAUCCUCAUUCUUAAAGAAAACACUAUUCUCAUCCGAAUUCUGGAUGCAAGUACUAAUAAUUUCUAAUUUAGAUGUUUGUCUUAUUAUUAGUUAUGGCUGGAAUGUAUUACUUUAAUAGUAAUACAGGUUUCAUUGGCAAGCUUUUUUCCCUCAAAAAAUGACAGAAUACUAAAAAUUGAAGAAAAGAUCCC